AUGGCGAAGCUAAGGCCGAAACAGUUGGAACCGAGCAAGACUGGUCCUUCUAAGGUGGGUUUUGAUGGAGAAGAAGAUGGUUGGGUCUUGGUUAAAAAGCAGAGAGUCUUCAUUGUAUUGCCUUCUCUUCCUCUACCUGAACAGUUCACUAUGGAGAAGCCUGCAACUUCUCAAUCACAAGCUGAGUUUAGAGAAGCUAUUGCGGAUGUGCAAGAAACUACUCUUGUUCAGACUGUGGUGCCGUCUCUUACUCCACCUGAACAGUUCAUGUUGCAGAAGCCAGAAACUUCUCAAUCACAAGCUGCGUUACGAGAUGUUAUUGUGGAUAUGCACGAAACUACUCCUGUUCACACAGUGGUUCCUUCUCUUCCUCUCCCUGAACAUUUCGUUUUGCAGAAGCCUUCUCAUUCACUAGCUGAGUUAAGAGACGGUAUUUUGGAUACGCACAAAAAUACUUCGGUUCACACUGUGGUGCCUUCUCUUCCUAUAACUGAACAGUACACUUUGCAGAAGCCUGCAGCUUCUCAAUCACAAGCUGAGUUAAGAGACGGUGCGCAUACGCAGAAAACUACUCCUGUUCAGACAAUGGCGCCUUCGCUUCCUGUAACUGAACAUCACAAUUUGAAGAAGCCUGUAACUUUGCAAUCACAAGCUGAGUUAAGAGACGGUAUGGCGCAUACGAAAAAAACUACACCUGUUCACACGAUGGUGCCUUCGCUUCCUGUAACUGAACAUUACAAUUUGCAGAAGCCUGCAACUCUGCAAUCACAAGCUGAGUUAAGAGCAGAUAAGCUAGAAACUUCUCUUGUUCACACAAUGGUGCCUUCUCUUCCUGUACCUGAACGUUGCACUCUGCAGAAACCUACAACUUCUCAAUCACGAGCUAAGCAGAGAGACUUUGUAGCUGAUGCUCACGAAACAACUCAUUUUCACAUUGCGGAACCUGAGGCAUGCCCUGAUUUCACCUCAGUAGACAAACCAGAGAUGGUUAUGGAUCACAAUCUCACAACCAGGAAAGCUCCAGCUGCAAGGAGAUCACUGCAAGAUUGUAGAAUGAAUCCGGAUAGAAGACCGGAGAUUCAGAGGAGGCGUACGGGUCAUAAGCCCAUAAGGUUUCCUAGAGUGCUGUGUAGCUCUGUUGUUAUGGAUAACGAGAAGCUGAGAGUGUUGAAUCUAGAGAGGAAAGUUGAGAAAGCGGGCGGAUUGAACAAAUGGGUUGGAUCUAUAGGAUUGGGGACAGAGUUUGAGAAGAUGCUGAGAGGACAAAGGAUGAGUAAGUUUCAGGUGGCGAAUUUGACAAUGGAGAAGCUUAAGCAUAUGGGUGCUUUAGCCGUUGGACCAAGAAGAAAGCUUAUACAUGCAAUUCGUUGCGUUUAUCACCCACAUUGUCUUCGUGCCUCCUUCAACUAA